AUGUCAGGCUACGCCAUGCUCCCGACAAGCUCACACGAGGGCUCGUCGGCGUACGCGCCCUCGCCCUCGUCGUCGCACCGCCCCUCGUCGCCCUCAUCUCCCUCGGCCCUCACGCGCGCCCGCACGGCCCUGCACGCCCGCCUGUCAAACUCGCCCCUCUCGAGUGCACUCGACUCGCUCAAGCCCCGCACCGUCCGCCUCGGCGCGUACGCCCUCGCCGCCCUCGUCCUCGUGUCGCUCGCGGGCCUGUCGCUGCGCAGCGGGACCAGCGGCGCUGCGGGAGGCGGGCUGCGGCUCGAGAGCCCACUCGCAGGCGAGAGUGCGCGGAGCCAGUGGGGCAGCUACAGCAGUUGGGCGGACGGCUGGCUCGGCGGGUCCCGGGCGGGAACGGGCGGCGGUGGUGGGGCAGGAGGCCGGUCCCGCGCGCAGAACGAGCGGUUGCUCGACCCGCCGCUCGAGUUAGACGCCAAGUCGGGCCUGCUCAUGCCGCCAGAGGUGUACCCGGCGGCCCUCAACCCGUUCAAGCGGGCCAAUGCCGCCUUUGUCGCCCUCGUGCGCAACAACGAGCGCGAGGCGAUGCGCAACUCGAUGCGGCACCUCGAGUCGCGCUUCAACCGGCGGUACAACUACCCGUGGGUCUUCCUCAACGACGAGCCGUUCGACGACGAGUUCAAGAAGGGCGUCCGGUCCAUGACGAGGAGCGAGGUCCACUUUGAGGUCAUCGCCAAGGAGCACUGGUCGUACCCGUCCUUCAUCAACCAGACGCACGCCGCCGAGGAGCGACAGAAGAUGGUCGACGAGCACGUCAUUUACGGCGGCAGCGAGUCGUACCGCCACAUGUGCCGCUUCAACUCGAUGUUCUUUUUCCAGCAGCCGAUCCUCGAGAACUUUGACUGGUACUGGCGCGUCGAGCCCGGCGUCGAGUACUGGUGCGACAUUGACUAUGACCCGUUCGUCUUCAUGGAGGCCAACAACAAGGUCUACGGCUUUGUCAUCGCCCUGUACGAGUACCGCCGCACGGUCGAGACGCUGUGGGACGUCACCAAGGAGUUUGCCCGGCUGCACCCCGAGCACAUCGCCGACAACAACGCGAUCCGGUUCCUCGUCGACGAGCCGGGCAAGGGCCUGCAGGACGGCGAGUGGAACAACUGCCACUUCUGGUCCAACUUCGAGAUCGGCUCGCUCAAGUUCUGGCGCAGCAAGCCGUACAUGGACUAUGUCAAGUUCCUCGACGAGAAGGGCGGGUUCUUCUACGAGCGGUGGGGCGACGCGCCCGUCCACUCGUUCGCCGCCGCUCUCUUUGUGCCGCAGGAGCAGAUCCACAACUUCUACGACAUCUCCUACCGCCACAACCCGUACAGCACCUGCCCUCAGAACCGCAAGCUGUUCCACGACAACGGCAAGUGCGAGUGCUACCCCGAGAACAGCUUUGACCUCGACGGCUACUCCUGCAUGCGGCAAUGGUGGCGCUCGGCGGGCAAGCCGGCCUACUACGAGUGA